AGUAAACACAUGUCGACAUAUUUGGACCAAUUACAUGGUUAGUAAGCAGCACUUGGCCCUAAAUCAUCGCAUAGAGUUAUUUUCAGCUAUCCCUGAACAAGUAUGUCAUUUAAACACGUCCUUAUGGAGUACGAGCAAAGAUUUUGUUAAAGUGACUUCAGAAUGGACUUUAUUGAAAAUGUCAAAUACAUAUUUUGAUAAAAAUGGAACAGGGAUCUAUCUAAAUGAUGUUACAAUUGUCGUAGAAAGCAUAGAAAUCGACCAGCAGGCGAACGUAACCAAUGUGACGGUUGGGACCGAUGAUCCCCUUAAAGGCUACGGUGCAGGAAUCUUUGCAACUGCUGUCAUCGUCGUAUAUAGCCUAUCAGUAUUCAUGUUCCUCGCUUCUUUCAUAAAGCGCAAAUCAAGACAGAACAACGAUGAACGACAAGUACAAGUGUACCUCGACAAUGUUGCGAACCUGAGACAGCAGGCAACAAGGGAUAAGAUCGCAUCGUUGAAGAAGGAAUUACGCCAGUCUACGUGGAAAAACAUUGUGACAAAGCUGGAACUGAUAAACGAAUUUGAAGUGAAGGAGGGGUCGUCUUUUAAGAGAAUACCAACACUGAACAAAAAGAGAUCUGUCUCGUGGAAGGUCGUACUGGAACAAUUAGAUACAUUGAGGGAUAACACACAAAUAUUACACGCUCAGAACUCACGACGCCAGCGGCAGAGGCGUAAAGGAGUGUUUGACAUGGAUUUAGUCGAAUGCCAAGACACGGAGGCUUUGGAAUAUUUAAAUAGGGAAGACAAAUGCACGACGAACAUACCGAUACCCGAUUCAGUGACUACUUGUACUGAAACAGUUGAUAAGUCUUUUGAUAAAGAAAUCGACAAACCCUGAAAGUUAUAACACUUCUUGAUUUCUUGACAACUUUUACAUGAUUUGUAACACAUAUGUUUUGUUUAGAUUGGAGUAAUUUUGACGAAUAUGAGUUAUAUUCAUUAUUAUUAUUAAUGAUUUUAUUUCACUUGUUAAAAACAAUAUAAACAAUUACAUAUAAAAGCAUACCAAUCGCCAUGUGGCAUUACAGGUUGCUUUGAUUAAAUUAAACAUAGUUUUCAUGUGGCUUUAGAUAUCACAAAACAGAAAGUAAGUAAAAUAUUGUAAAUAAAAUAGAUAAAUAUUGGAAGUAUUUAUUUUAUUUGGGUCCAGGAGGUUGAAAGAUGCUAUAUGAGUCAACGUUAUUAACUUUAAAUUCUAGUUGGGUGUAUAUAAGUUAUAACACGUUCCAACAAAGUCAGUUACUAUGUCAAGGAGGGUAUUUUGAGAAUCUCGACAGAGGGUGUUUUCAAAAAUAAGAUAUUCUAGUUGGUCAUUUUGAUUUGUACAUGUAUUUGUAUCAUAAAGUAUGUUAUUUUGUCUCAGUGCAGCGAAAAUAUCAUUUCUUUCAUUUAUAUGGCGUGGGCAAGAAAUGAGGAAGUGUUUUGUACUUUCAGGGGAUCCACAAGGACACUUAUUAUCAUUAACUCCUGUAAAGUUGUGUGAGAAAAAGUGAUCUCUUAACAUAAAAUCAACCCGUAGUCUGUUGAUGAUUUUUUCCUUAUUCCUUGAAAGUUUGAGCUUGGUUGUUGGGAUAAAAUUAGGAAGUAUUAAUGAACGAACAGCAUUUUUGAAACUAGAUGGUUGGUAAAUCUCUUACUAGUUGGCUUAGGUUGUUCCAUUGCUUUAUAAGGUUUAGGACUGGUGCAUUGAGAAGUCUAGUUGUAACUUGAUUGGGUAUCUUAAAUGGUAAAGAGUGUCUUGUUGUCCUAGUGGCGUUUUUUAUAUAUAUCAAAAAUAUCGCAAAUGUAUUUAGCUACCAAAUUUAUAAAAUUUAUUUUGAACAUUAUUCGAAGAUUUUUUUUCUUUUCCUCUUUCUUUUCACUAGGGUGAAUAUAACUAAGGGUGAAUAUAACUAAGAGUUAUAUUCAUUGUUCAAUGAAUUUCCCCCAAAUUUACCAUUUCACUGCUUCAAGUAGCAAUAUAACAUUUUAUAAUAUUAAUAAUAAAGUAAUGUAUGCAUAUAUAUGUUUUGAUAUGUCAAUAUAAAGAUGGUAGAUAUUACAUUGUGAUAUAUAU